UAAAUAUACAAUAUCUUAACUUAUUCUAAGGGCUCGUUUGGUUGGAAACGAAAUUAAUUAAUCUAAAAUUAGUUAAGUAUUUCUGAAUUACUAUUUCUGUGAGAUAAAAUUAACUUUACAGAUUUGGAACAUCUAAUUUUAGAAUAAACUAUUCCGCAAUUUCAUUACAACUGAAUAUGAAAUAAGAUUAAUCUAAAACUAAUUCCGUUACUUUUAUUCGUCCUUCUAUCAACCAAGCCCCAACAGAUCAUCCCGUGAUUCAUUUUUUCAGGAGAUAAAUAAUUUUAUGAUUAACUAAUGCUUUUAAUAAAAUUAGAAAAAAAAAAAUAAUUUUAUAUUUUAUCUUCGCAUCAGAUACUUUAUUCCUCACACGAAACGACCCCUGCUAGUUAUAAAAAAAAAGAAUUCAUAUCAUAACAUUAAAAUAAAAAGAAAGGAUGAGUGUCCCCAUAUUUGCGUGUAACCAUUGAUCGAGACCCUGAGUCGACAGUCCCAAUGCCUUCUCCCAUCACCAAUAAUACUUCUUCUUCUUCUUCCUCCCUUCGCUUCAUGGGUCUCCUUAAACAACCCGACUCCGACCCGACUCCUAAUUCCAACAACAUCCUCGAUGAGUUCGACGAGAACGAUGUCUUCUGGUCCGAAUCAUCCCCUGACUCCUCUGUCUCCGUCUCCAAUUCCUUCUCUCCUCCUACCCCCACGCGCCACCUCCAUCAACGCGCCGCCGCCACCCUACACAGACCACCCUCCUAUUCCGGCCUCUCCGCCGCUCUCAUGGACGACCACCACCCCCUCGUCCGACGCAAAUCCACCCUUAACCCCACCAUCUCCGCCACCUCUGCUGCCAAGAUGAUUCCUCCGGUGUUCCGUUCUGAGAAUUCGAAUCCCAAUUCGUUCCCCAAAUUUCACCAAUCGGCUCCGGUUAACGUGCCGGUUUGGCAGAAGAAGAAUGGACCGGUGGGUGGAUUAGAGCGGUUCGAUGAGGUGGAAGCUGACGAGCUGGAAAACGAGGAAAUGGUUCCUCCUCACAUGAUGGUGGCUCAAUCGCACGUGACCUUUUCGGUUUUCGAAGGCGUUGGGAGGACGCUGAAGGGAAGAGAUUUACGGCGUGUUCGCAAUGCUGUAUUUCAGAGAACAGGUUUUAUUGAUUGACCCAAACAACCCCUUAAUGUUUACGCCCCCAAAUAAGGAUGAAAAAGGUCAAUCAAAAAUUUGUUAUUUUAGUGGUUGAAUUCUGAAGAAUAAUAUUGAUUUUUGAAGGAGUCAGUUGCUGCUCUACGUACUACGUUACGUUCAUUUUCAAGCUCUGUAUAUUAGAUAAAAGGGAGUUUGAGGAAUUAGGCCUUGUUGACAUUUCUCAUUUGGACUAAAUGGUUAUUUAAUUGUAACUAUGCAUUAUGGUGAA